CCUCAAUCAGAUGUGAUCAGACAGUUCCUGUGACAUAAUUCUGUGUGUAUGUAUGGCGUGUUAUGUUACUGAUUUUUGACAUUCAAUCAACAACGGAAGAAGGCGGACUUCGAGAAAUUCGUUAUCAGGCUAGACUUUAUAGACGCGAUAGCGGACUAAACGAAAUAUACUCGUCAUUCCCAAAUGUUUCUUAACGAUCUGAUACUUGGAGCUUCCUUUCCCACGAUCCACGAUUCAUCUCGUUCGUGAUUCCGAACAUUAGAUUCAACAAUCAUCUCAGGGAUGGUCAUGAUGAUUAUGCGAGUAUCACACACGUAAAAGUACAUCCGGCUGUUGGACAUAUUUAAAUUUCCUCCUGGGAUUUAUUGCAUCUUUCAUUCGAGAUAAUUUUACAACGAGCACAUCAUCGACGAGAUGACCACCGAUAAAGUCACUCUGGGUGACGCUCUAUCGAACGUCGAUGUACUGGAUGAAUUUACAUUACCAGACGAACAACCUUGUAUAGAAGCUCAACCAUGUUCCGUAGUGUAUCAAGCGAAUUUUGAUACCAAUUUUGAAGACAGAAAUGGCUUCGUAACAGGCAUCGCCAAGUAUAUUGAGGAAGCAACUGUACACGCGAGUCUGAAUGAAUUAUUGGAAGAAGGUUUAGAACAUGCUGUUAUGCUAUAUACAUGGAGAUGUUGUUCACGUGCAAUUCCACAACCAAAAUCUAAUGAACAGCCAAACAGGGUGGAAAUUUAUGAAAAGACUGUGGAAGUAUUGGCACCUGAAGUCAAUAAAUUAUUAAAUUUUAUGUAUUUUCAAAGAAAAGCGAUCGAGCGAUUUUCAGGGGAAGUUAAACGAUUGUGUCAUCAUGAGAAAAGAAAAGAUUUUGUAUCAGAAGCAUAUCUUUUAACUUUGGGAAAAUUCAUCAAUAUGUUUGCUGUAUUAGAUGAAUUAAAGAACAUGAAAUCUAGUGUGAAGAAUGAUUAUUCCACAUAUAGAAGAGCUGCACAGUUUUUGAAAGUAAUGUCAGACUCUCAGACAUUGCAAGAAUCACAAAAUUUGUCAAUGUUUUUGGCAACACAGAAUAAAAUUCGUGAUACAGUUAAAGAAAAUCUAGAAAAGAUUGCAGGAUAUGAAGAAUUACUUGCAGAUGUUGUCAACAUCUGUGUUCAUAUGUUUGAAACUAAGAUGUAUCUUACACCUAAUGAGAAGCACAUGUUAGUGAAAGUGAUGGGCUUUGGUUUAUUCUUAAUGGACAGCGAAUUAUGUAAUAUCAAUAAACUUGAUCAGAAAAAAAAAUUAAAGUUAGAUAGAAUUGAUAGAAUCUUUAAAAAUUUAGAGGUAGUUCCGUUAUUUGGUGAUAUGCAAAUUGCACCAUUUAAUUAUAUCAAACGUUCGAAACAUUUCGAUGCGUCAAAAUGGCCGUUAUCAUCUUCGUCGAAUAGUAUAAGUCCACAAGCCGAUCUUAUGGUACAUCUUCCUCAGAUCAGAGAGGAUCAUGUGAAAUAUAUCAGUGAAUUGGCAAGGUAUAGUAAUGAGGUUACUACAACAUAUAAGGAAUGCCGAAGUGAUAUAGAAAAUCGGGAUACUGCAGAGCUGGCAUUACGUGGACUACAGUUACUUUCACAAUGGACUAGCGUUGUAACAGAAUUGUAUAGUUGGAAAUUGUUGCAUCCCACUGAUCAUCACAUGAACAAAGAGUGUCCACAAGAGGCUGAAGAAUAUGAAAGAGCUACACGUUAUAACUAUACAGAUGAAGAGAAAUUUGCUCUUAUAGAAGUUAUAGCAAUGAUUAAAGGAUUGCAGGUAUUAAUGGCACGUAUGGAAACUGUUUUUAUCGAUGCAAUACGUAGAAAUAUAUAUGCUGAAUUGCAAGAUUUUGUACAACUUGCAUUACGUGAACCCUUAAGGAAAGCAAUCAAAAAUAAAAAAGAUUUAAUCAGAAGUAUAAUCGUUUCCGUUAGAGAAACUUGUGCCGAUUGGCAUUUUGGAGUGGAACCACUCGGAGAUCCUGCAUUAAAAGGCAAGAAGGAUCCAGAUAAUGGGUUCGGUAUUAAAGUCCCGCGAAGAAACGUUGGUCCGUCUUCCACACAACUUUAUAUGGUACGGACCAUGUUGGAAUCGUUAAUCGCAGAUAAAAGCGGUGGAAAACGCACUUUGAGGAAAGAUAUCGAUGGCCAAUAUCUAGUUCAAAUCGAUCAAUUUCACAAAACUAGUUUCUAUUGGAGUUAUUUAUUAAAUUUCAGUGAGUCUCUACAGAAUUGUUGCGACUUAUCACAACUAUGGUAUAGAGAAUUUUAUUUAGAAAUGACAAUGGGUAGGAAGAUACAGUUUCCCAUUGAAAUGUCCAUGCCGUGGAUAUUAACCGAUCAUAUAUUAAGAAGUAAGGAACCAUCGAUGAUGGAGUACGUUUUAUAUCCUCUGGAUUUGUAUAACGAUAGCGCGCUAUACGCGCUGACCAUAUUCCGUAAGCAAUUUCUGUACGAUGAGGUAGAAGCUGAAGUGAAUUUGUGCUUCGAUCAAUUUGUUUACAAACUUAGCGAACAAAUUUUCGCGCAUUACAAGCAGCUGGCGGCCAGUAUCCUGUUGGACAAACGAUUCAGGGUAGAGUGUGUAGCUCUCGGGGCAUAUCUACUCCCGUAUCCACGUGCUAAUAGAUACGAGACGUUGUUAAAACAGCGACACGUUCAGCUACUUGGAAGAAGCAUCGAUCUGAAUAAACUUAUAACACAGCGUAUUAACGCGGAUAUGCAAAAAUCGUUGGAUCUGGCUAUUAGCAAGUUCGAAUCCGGUGAUAUAACUGGAGUUGUGGAAUUAGACGGACUGUUACAAGUGAAUCGUCUUACUCAUAAACUUUUAUGUAAAUGGCUUGCGCUAGAUGAAUAUGAUGCUAUGUUUAGGGAAGCGAAUCACAAUGUCCUAGCUCCAUAUGGACGAAUCACUCUUCAUGUAUUCUGGGAAUUGAAUUAUGAUUUUUUGCCAAAUUAUUGUUAUAAUGCUGCCACAAAUAGAUUUGUUAAGUGCCGCGGUCUACAAUUUGUACAACCAGUUCAUAGAGAUAAACCUCCGCAAAUGUCUCAUCACUAUCUCUGGGGUAGUAAACAAUUAAAUCUGGCUUAUAGCACUCAAUAUGGGCAAUAUACAGGAUUCGUCGGUCCGCAUCACUUUCGUACCAUAUGCAAGCUCCUCGGUUAUCAAGGAAUAGCUGUGGUUAUGGAAGAACUUUUGAAGAUUGUCAAAACUCUGAUCCAAGGAAGUUUGCAUCAAUUUACCAAGACCUUAAUGGAAGCUAUGCCAAAAGUCUGCAAACUUCCACGAUACGAUUACGGAUCCCCCGGUGUUCUAGGCUACUAUCACGCUCAAUUAAAUGAUAUUGUCCAAUAUCCGGAUGCUAAGACUGAAUUGUUUCAUAAUUUUCGCGAAUUUGGCAACACGAUCCUAUUUUGUCUUCUGAUGGAACAAUCUCUGUCGCAAGAAGAAGUAUGCGAUCUGUUACACGCGGCGCCGUUUCAAAAUAUCCUACCGAGACCUUAUUGUAAAGAGGGAGAAAAACCUGAGACCAAACAGAAACGAUUGGAAGCAAAAUAUGCGGCUUUACAAAUUGUUCCUAAUGUGGAUAAAUUAGGUACCGCUAAGCAAGCAAUGAUUGCCAGAGAAGGAGAUUUAUUGACACGCGAGCGAUUAUGCUGUGGUUUAUCAAUAUUCGAAGUUGUACUUAGCAGAUUACGGAGUUUUUUAGAUGAUCCUAUUUGGGUCGGACCACCGCCAGCGAAUGGUGUAAUGAAUGUAGACGAAUGUACCGAAUUUCAUAGACUUUGGAGUGCACUUCAAUUUGUAUAUUGCAUUCCCGUUGGUGAAACAGAAUUUACUGUUGAAGAAUUGUUCGGUGAAGGUUUACAUUGGGCUGGAUGUGCCAUGAUCGUCCUUCUAGGUCAACAACGUAGGUUUGAGGCGCUCGAUUUUUGCUAUCACAUUCUUAGAGUGCAACGUGUAGAUGGCAAAGACGAGAAUGUUAAAGGAAUACAUCUGAAAAGAAUGGUAGAUCGGAUAAGACGAUUUCAAGUUCUAAAUUCACAAAUAUUCGCCGUGUUGAAUAAAUAUUUGAAAAGCGGAGAUAGCGACGCGGCAAGCGUGGAACAUGUUCGCUGUUUCCAACCCCCGAUACACCCCUCAUUGGCACAUGCGCAACAGCAUUACCAUGCACCGGAAUAUUUACGUCAAAUAAAUCACCAAUAAGCGAUAAUUAUAAGAAGACUGUAUUUUGCGUCAUAACUACGAGCUCGAACAAAAAGACUUAAAGAAAAAAAAGCAUUCCUUUUUAAGGACAUUUAUAAAAAAAAAAACUAUUCAUAUUUUAUAUCGUCAAUGUCGAAAUAAUUUGUACUAUUUAAUUCAACUGCUACGAAUGUUAGAACAUACAUUUUUUAAAAUAGACGAAAUUUAGAAAAGAUUGUAAACGACAAAGUUGCUCAACUUUGUUUAUAAGCAAUUUUUCUCAAUCCAUCUCUCUUGAUAAUAUACAAUGUAUGUUUAAAUAGAUAGAUUUAUAUAAUUG